AUGGAUUUUGAGAGCGAGCAAGGGAUAUUUGAAGAAGUAUUACAUGGUGACCUAGACUUUUCAACAGACCCAUGGCCUAGAAUUUCUAAAGGUGCCAAAGAUUUAGUAAGGAAAAUGCUUAUUCGAGAUCCCAAAAGGUGGAUAUCUGCACAUGAUGUUUUGUGCCAUCCCUGGGUUCAAGUUGGUGGUGUGGCUCCUGACAAGCCUCUCGAUUCUGCAAUAUUAAGUCUAUUGAAGCAAUUCUCUGCAAUGAACAAGCUCAAGAAAAUGGCUAUUAGAGUAAUUGCAGAGAGCUUAUCUGAAGAAGAAAUUGCUGGCCUAAAAGAAAUGUUCAAAAUGAUAGACACUGACAGUAGUGGUCAAAUCACUUUUGAAGAACUUAAGGCUAGUUUGAAAAGAUUUGGAGCUAAUCUUAAGGAAUCUGAAAUUUAUGAUUUAAUGCAAGCAGCAGAUGUAGAUAACAGUGGAACAAUUAAUUAUGGAGAGUUUGUAGCAGCCACUUUGCAUUUAAACAAAAUUGAGAGAGAAGAUCAUUUGUUCGCGGCAUUUUCAUACUUCGAUAAAGAUGGAAGUGGCUACAUUACUCAAGACGAGCUUCAACAUGCUUGCGAGGAGUUUGGUGUAGAGGACGUCCGGCUAGAAGAAAUGAUGCAAGAAGUUGAUCAGGAUAAUGUGAGUAUUUCUCUGAUGAUUAUUCUGUUACUGCACCAAUUGAAUGGCUGUAAAUUAAAAUUCAGAUAUUUAAAGAGUUGUUUUCCUUGCAUAGGGCAUAUGAUCAUUCAAAUUUUAUUUUGA